AUGGCGGCCACAGGCUACGGUUACUACCGUGUGGUCAUCUUCCUGUGCAUGUUCACUGGCUACUCACUGUAUUUCUUUAACAGGAAGACAUUCUCUUUUGUUAUGCCGUCAGUGAUGGAGGAGAUAGAACUGGACAAAGAUGACUUGGGUAUGAUCACCAGCAGUCAAACCAUGGCCUACGCCAUCAGUAAGUUCAUCAGCGGCGUGCUGUCGGACCAGAUUAGCGCCCGCUGGCUUUUCUCCAUCGGCCUCUUCUUGGUCGGAGGCAUCAACGUGGCCUUCUCUUGGUCUUCAACUGUGUCCAUGUUCUCCCUGCUCUGGUUCAUCAACGGCCUGGGACAGGGCUGUGGGUGGCCCCCAUGUGGGAAGGUGCUUCGGAAGUGGUAUGAGCCGUCCCAGUUUGGAACAUGGUGGUCUGUACUGUCCUGCAGCAUGAACCUGGCCGGAAGUCUCGGCCCGCUCAUGGUCACGGUGCUCCUGCAGUAUUACGACUGGAGGACGAUUCUGGCCAUGUCUGGUGUGUUCUGUGCUGCUUUCUCAUUGGUUUGUCUGGUAUUCAUAAAGAAUGAGCCGAAGGACGUGGGCCUUCCCAGCAUCGAAGCUGCAGCUAAGAAGGGCGUGAAAGGAGGCAACAGUGAGAGCACCCUGAGCGAAUUUCUCCUCUCUCCCUUCCUGUGGGUCCUCUCUCUGGGCUACUUGGUUGUUUUUGGGGUGAAGACGGCAGCCACUGACUGGGGGCAGCUAUUCCUCAUGCAGGAGAAAGGCCAAACUGCUCUCAUGGGCAGCACCUACAUGAGUGCACUGGAGGUCGGGGGGUUUGUCGGCAGCCUUUCUGCAGGUUUCAUCUCGGAUAGAGCCGUAGCCCGUAAAGGCUUGAGCAUUCAUGGCAACCCUCGUCAUGGCCUGCUCAUUCUCAUGAUGGCUGGCAUGUAUGUGUCCAUGUAUCUGUUCAGAGUGACCAUCACACCUGAAGUACCAAAGGAAGCUCCUUUGUGGGUCCAGGUCAUCCAUCCGGUGUCUGUUCUACUUGGAGUCUCAGAGAAAGAGAUUUGGAUUCUCUUCCUUGGUGCCAUGUUUGGGUUUUCUUCUUAUGGACCAAUCGCCUUGUACGGAGUGAUAGCAAGCGAAAGUGCUCCUUCCAAUUUCUGUGGAACGUCUCACGCCGUCGUCGCACUGAUGGCAAACGUGGGGGCUUUCAUGGCAGGGCUUCCCUUCAGCACUGUUGCCAAGCAGCACAGCUGGGACACGGCCUUCUGGGUAGCCGAAGUCAUAAUGGGCAUCACCACCAUUGCGUUCUUCCUUGUGCGCAACAUGCGCACCAAAAUGGGACGAAUCGCAGAGAAAAUGGACUAGUGCAUAUUUUUAGGGGGGUGAACUAUUCACACAGUACAGCACAGUGAUUUAAUAGGAGCUUUAUUAUACAAACUAAUGUCAAACACAAAUUAAUCUGAAGAUCUUUCCAUUCUAAAUUUGUAGGUACUCAGGGGGGCUGUAAUUUUAUCACUUUAUAUUUGUAAUGAAAUUGUCACUUACACAGAUUUAACCUUCACCAGCACCAGCAUGCAGUCGAUUAGUUUUAUUCACAAGCUUCUGGACAGAUCUCUGGACGUAUGAUGCAUUGUAAAGGAAGCCACCCUAGCAUGAAUGUCUUUACUGAUGUGUUGUUUUCUUUCUCAAGAUGAAUCAUUUGCGCUGUUCACUGCAUUAAUUACCUAAAGAAUGUAGCUAUACACCAUCAAAAUUUCAGUCGAAUGUUUAGAUCCAUUGUGGAGAUGAAUGUCAGAUUAAUCUGGGGCUUUCACUGAUUUACUUGGUGAAAUGAAUGAAUAAUGUUGAACUGCAAUGAGAUUUACAAACACCAGGAAGACCAGGGCGCCUGAUCUGAAACCGACCCGUUCUAACUUGACUGAAAUUUGCAGCUUCUCAAACCUAAGGACACUAGCACCACCUGUGAAGCACGGUGGUGCUAGUGUCAUUCUGUGUGUCUGUUUUACUGCCAGCAGUACUGAUGCAAUGCAAUAAGUGGAUUAGGGCUGAAACAAUUAAUCGAUUCAAUGCAUUGAAAUAAUUGUUAACUAAGUAAUUGGUCAAAUAACUAAAUGAUUAAAGCAGUAAUUAAACCAAAACUGUACUAUUUAUAUUUAUACAUACAUGUCUAUAAAAUAUACUAGCCAAAACUCUUCAGCUUUUAGAUUUAGCUUCACCAGGUUUAGAUUUAAUAAAGGAAUUCUGUUAUUCCUUUUUAGCCAAUAAGAUGUUUAUUUUCUUAUUUAAAAAAGGAACUGAAUUAUUUGUUUAUUUAGAUCUUUUAAUGUGUUUCUAGUAUUGUAUGACAAAGGCUUAAGUGGUUAAAUGAAAAGUCUACAGAAGGUGCCUUUUUUUUAAACUCGAUUACUUAUCAGAAUAAUCGAUUACUAAGAUAAUUGUUAGUUAGUGGGUCUCUUGGGGAUGUUGGCCUAACAAAGUGUCUGAAACUGGCACCAGCCAAUUCGGACGGACGUUUGAACCCCUUGAACCAGGUGUGUGAAACUUGAACAAUGAUUCAUCAAAGCUUUUUUUUUUUUUGGAAUAAUUAGUGCUUGAAUAAUUAAAGCAAAGCAAAAUGUAAUGUUUUUGAACGGCUUUCCCAAAAGACCCUACCUCAACAUAAAAGAAAAGUGUAUGAAUUAUAUUUAAAGGCUGGGUUUAGUCAUGAAACCAAAAGCAUGUUUAAAGAGAACCUUGCUAAGAAAUAUUUUACCAAACAUCAAUAUUAGGGUAUUUCAUCAUGUCUGUUUAAUUUUCAGUGAGAAAAUCUGUAAUAAAUGUCAAUAUAUCCACAAAACGCAAAAUAACAAAUAAAUAAAGUUGUAUAAUCAUCUACCUUAGGGAAAAAUUUUUAAAUAAGUACUUAAAAGCCCAAACUGAACAGAGCAUUCAUGUCCAUGAAUCCCAAGUUUAUUUCUCAACUUGUGAUUGGAACUGUUUAUGCUACAUAAUGUGUUUUCAACACUUUCAUCAUUCACUUCAUCAAUACCAACUUCAACAUUCAGCAGAUACCUGGAAAACAUUUGAUUUAAUUUAGUGUUUCUUGUUAUGUGAUACUUGAAUGUCCCUAUUUUGUGAAACAAAGCAUGUUGGCUCAGAACAGCUAAAUUGACCCCAGAAAACGUCA